UUUUUUUAAUAGAGGAAUUCACUCGAAACCAGUGGUGGCCAGAAAAACCGCUCUGGGAUUUCCGGAUUCGCCCUUUUAAUCCCCUCAUACUGAUAGUCCAGCAACAAAACCACUACUCCGCUUUCACUGCGUGGCUGCGCCUCCCGACUGUCUCCGCCAGCCACACAUUCGCCAUGCAUAAUCGAGAAGGCUUCAUUUUGAUCAACGGAGAAUAUUCGAUUUCCUGCUUCGGUCCUUGGUCUCUUAGGGGAGAAGACCCACUGUGCCUGAGGGUUGGUCUCUGAACAGCUCGUUUUUUCUCUUUUUGUUUUUGAGGGAUCGGCUUCCUUUUCCGGCUGUAGGGUCUGUGCAAGUGGGUGUUGAGGAUUUUAGCUCUUUGUGGGGUUUCCUGGGGGUUAUUGGUGCCAGUGGGUAGGUUCGUUUUUGGAUUUCUUGGCUCUUUUUUUAACCACUUUUGUUUCUUGACUCUUGUUCACUGGGUUGCUUUGUGAUUUUUCUAACGGGGUUUGUAGGUUUGAGGUCUCUGUUGUUGGUCCUUUUUUUUUGGGGGUGGUGGGGGGUGUUGGAUUCCUUGGCAUGUGGUGAUGCCGGAGCAGAUGAUGGGAUGGCUGGCUUUUCCGUGGUUUGCUUGGCUUUUCUGAUGUAUGAAUCUGCUCCUGUGUUUGAGAGGUUGGUGAUGUCAAGGAAACAGAAAUGAGCUUUUGAGUUGGAUCUGAACAAUUGCUGGGUGGAGAUCAAAAAAUGAAUGAACCAGUUGAGGUGUGUAUAGUUAAAUAAACUUUACCAUCUGAAGGCUGAGUUUUGAGUGGUGGAGAGGAAGCAAAACUGUGUUGAUCUUGAAGAUAUGGGUUAGUGUUGUAACAUUUUCUGUUUUUGGUGGCUACGAAACAGUGGGUUUGUGGCGUGUUCUUGUGAUAUAUAGUUGGUGAUUUUGUGUUGGGGAGAAGGGAAGGGGAAUGUGGGUGGUUUUAGUUUGUUGGGAUUUCUCAAAAUUGAUGCUUGAGGUCAUCGGCAUUAUUUAAUUGUACAGAGUGGUGGGGAACACAUAGAAAGAAGAAAAUAUUUGGCAAGGGGGGUUAUGUGUCAGUUUUGUGCUUCCUAUGGGCUCUGUUGCAGGUACAGGAAACAAGCUCCAAGCAGCGGCACCGUCGGAGUAGUAAAAAAAACGCAGAAAAUAAAUAAGGAUAGGAUCCCUGACCAAGAUCAUCUUGCUUUCUACCUUUCUCUCACUAGUUUCGGCCCCGUUCGUCAGCGGGAUUCCUCUUCACGGCACUCCACCUUUUUAGAGAUCCUGGUUCUCCAUAUUUAUUUUGAGAUAUUUUCUUUAUUUGAAUCUCUGGAUAUUUGUCGUCCAGAGAUGUAGCUGCUGAUUCGAGCUUGCCAUUUGAAGAAGGUGCCUUUUUGUCUUUCGUUCUUCCGUUCUCUUAACUCCUCUUCUCGUGUUAUAUCAAACCUGCCUAAAGAGAAGGAACAGGCGGUGAAGAUGAAGUUUAUGAAACUUGGUUCAAAGCCAGAUUCCUUUCAGAGUGAUGGAACCAUGAGGUAUGUAGCUACAGAAUUGGCAGCUGAUUUUGUUGUUAAUGUGGGGGACAUCAAAUUUUAUUUGCACAAGUUUCCUCUUCUAUCAAAGUGUACACGGUUGCAGAAGCUACUGGGAAGUGGCAAUGAUGAAACCAAUGACGAAGUCCACAUUUCUGACAUCCCUGGUGGUGCUUCAGCAUUUGAGAUCUGUGCAAAGUUCUGUUAUGGGAUGAUCGUCACGCUAAAUGCCUACAAUGUCAUUGCUGCAAGGUGUGCUGCUGAGUACCUGGAAAUGCAUGAAGUUGUUGAGAAAGGCAACCUGAUUUACAAGAUUGAGGUGUUUCUAAACACAAGUAUCUUUAGGAGUUGGAAGGAUUCCAUUAUUGUGCUUCAAACCACAAGGUCUUUCUUCCCGUGGUCUGAAGAACUGAAGGUGGUUGCUCGUUGUGUGGACUGUAUUGCAUCAAAGGCCUCUGUUGAUCCAAGCAAGAUUGACUGGUCUUACACAUACAACAGGCGGAAGCUCCCAUCUGAAAAUGGCAUUGAUCCUCACUGGAAUGGAGUUCGACGGCAAAUGACAGUCCCAAAAGACUGGUGGGUUGAGGAUCUAUGUGACCUAGAGAUGGACUUCUAUAAACGGGUGAUUGUAGCUAUCAAAUCGAAGGGCUUAAUCUCUGCUGAUUUGAUUGGGGAGGCACUUAAAGCUUAUGCACUGAAGUGGCUGCCUGCUUUUGGAAGGGAUCAGGUGCAUGGCUGUGAGGCAGCUAGAAACAGGUCUCUGGUUGAAACUGUGAUUUGGUUAUUGCCUUCAGAAAGAGGCUGUGUACCUUGUGGGUUCUUGCUUAAGCUCCUGAAGGCAGGGACUCUAUUGGAAAUAGGUGAAACAGCAAAAAGAGAACUCGUAAAGCAAGUAGGUUUGCACUUGGACGAGGCCACUGCUGUUGACCUCUUGUUGCCAGCACCCGUAGGUGAGAAUGGGUUGUAUGACGUUGGCAUUGUGCAAAACAUGGUGGAGGAGUUCUUGUUACAAGAGCAGAGUGGGAGGACUGGCCACCUGGUGGUGGAGGAUGAGCUAUCGUCCGACGAGAGGACAUCUACUUCUGUUUCUUAUGCUGCCAAGCUUGCAGUUUCGAAGGUUAUUGAUUCUUACCUUCUGGAGAUUGCCCGUGAUCCUGAUCUUCCUCUGUCUAGGUUUGUUGACCUUGCUGAGAUGGUACCAGGUGCAGCACGUCCUGUUCAUGAUGGGCUGUACCAUGCAAUUGACAUGUAUCUUAAGGAGCACCCUGGUAUAUCCAAAAGUGAGAAGAAGAGAAUAUGCAUGUUGAUGGACUGCAGGAAACUGUCAAUGGAUGCUUCCAUGCACGCUGCACAGAAUGACAGAUUGCCAUUACGUGUGGUGGUACAGGUCCUUUUCUUUGAGCAGGUGAGAUCUGGAGCUGCUGGAGGACUUGGGUCGGUUGAUAUACCAGGUGCGAUACGUACUCUCCUCCCACCAGAGAACGGUGGUUCGCUUGGAAGCUCAAGGACAGCGACUACCAACACAGAGGAGGAGUGGGAUAGUGCAGCAGUGACAUCAGAGGAUCUGAGGUCCAUCAAGGGGGAGCUGGCAGCCAUGAGGUUUGGAGGGGACAAGAGAGGAGGUGGAGGGGAUAUGAAGAGCACAGACAAAAUGAGCAGCAAAAUGAGGGGCAUACUCAAAUCCAGCAGGAUCUUCAGCAAGCUUCUAUCAACCAAAGAGAAGGGUGAAAACAGUAGCUCGGAUACGUCAGAAAGCCCUGGUUCUGUGAAUCCAGGAGACAAUAAGUCCACACCAUCCAGAAACAGAAGGGUUUCGAUCUCGUAGAGACAACGGAAAGACGUUCUCCUAGUUCUAGAUAAUGGGGAAUAGGUGGGGGCUGUAGAGCUUUAGGUCAUAGAAGGUGGAUGGUUGUGGCAGGAUUGUGGCCUUGACCUUUCUUUUCUUCUUUACAUAUGAAAAUAUAUUGUUGCUCACCAGUAUUUGGGUUUGUGGAUUAUGGCCCAAUUUUGGAUGUAUCAUAACAAAAAGGAAAUGCCAAGUGUGAUGGGAUUUAUUGCUUUUUUGUUCCA